AUGGCCGGUCGGACAUACCAGUCCGCUACUGAUGACCCCACCCCGCGAAAGGAGCAAGCCUCAGUCGGCUUACUUUCGAAAAAUGACGACCCCAACGUCAGACGUGUGCUGCCACAGCGGCUGAACGCCGCCAGGGCCCUGGAGAGAGAGCCUUACGCCGAUCAGUACCGCUACUCAGCCAAUUCCACUUCAAGCGGCGAUGGGACCAAUUUACACCUUGUUACCUUACCGCGCCGACCUACAUGGACAAUGCCCCCCGCCUUACAUCCUCCCGAUAGUGUGCAGGUCUUGGUCAAAUAUUACGCACGCGAAAUAAGCACAGCCUUCUAUCUGGGCCAUGGCCCUGCGCAAACUCCCUACACGCAGCAUAUACUACCAAUGGCCAAGAACGUCCCCUGCAUUCGGUAUGCCGUGGGGGCGACGGCGUCUUGCCAUAUUGGUAACAGAUUUCAAGACAACAAGUUGAAAAUGCAGAGUCUCCACUUGCGGCUGGAGGCCACGAAGGCGCUCAGACAGCAAUUGAGAAAUGACAUCGAGGAGACAGACAUUUCUAGUAUUGCCUGUAUGGUCUUACUUGCCCAGCUCGAUCUCUGCUCUGGGGACUGCCUGGAAUUUGGAACACACUUAAAUGCAGCAAGUGACAUUGUGAAGCGGCAUGGUUCGGACGGAACUGAGCGUGGCUUUUUCCAACAACGUCUUGCAUGGUAA